GCGCGGUCUGCUCGGCAGUCAUAGUUCCCCCUUUACGAGCGCGUCCCCUAGCGGUCGCGAUUCACAGUGCACACUCGGUCCUCACUCUAGACCCGCGAUUUGUGCAUAGUGAUGAUCUCUCCCAGGGCAUAGAAUCGACAAUAUGCAGAACGCCCAAGCGCCAGGCGAGGUCGCGCCUUCUACACAAGCUCAAGCCUCGCCGCCUCGCCAGAAGCCGUCGACACUGGCCUCCAUUGCCAUUCAGUCCUUCGCUGCCUUCCGCUCCCAGACAUCGUCACAGCCUGUCCCUAUCGCUGUCCAGUCGCCGGUUCGACGCAAGCCCCUACCAGCAGACUCUCCUGUCGCGGCUCGUUUCUCUCAGGCAAAUCUACGCACCAACAGUAUCACCAGUAAAGAUAAUCCGCCUAAUAAUUCAGUUCUUUCGCCGCCCUUGACAGAUGAGGGCUUGUUUGUACCUAGAAACCUCGAUAGCAACCCUCACGGCAACUCUCCUCUCACAGGAACCGCGCCCAAGCCAUUCGAAACUCGCAAGACCUCCUUCUCAGUCACAACGCUAAGCCCUACUGUAUACUCUCCACGGCAUGAGAGGUCGGUCAGCAACGGACAGUCACCGCGACCGACGAGAGUAGGAGACGUCAAGGCCCACGCCCGCUCCCCUACUAUGCCCAACAUGCCGUUAUACGCUUCAGAAUCACGGCCUAAUCCAGACCUGAAGAUCAAGCUGGACGGCGUUACCGAAGACUUUACGGACGACUAUUACGGUGUUGAAGACGAUGCACCACGAGACAUUUCACAGCUGGGCAAACCCAAGACCCCGAGCGGCGGAUUCACUUCCUUCUUUGGCUGGAAUUCGUCGAAGCCUAACGGCGCCGAAUCGCCGGCUACUACAUUCUCAUCGUCUCCGACCGAUUCUCCACGUAAUAAGCAAGGGAGCAUGUCUGCCAAGAACAAACCCAACGGCCUAGACAUUCCAGCUGCAAACUCAUUGUCUUCAUACUUCAAUGUACCUGGAACACCACUACUCUCGUCGUCGCCUCAAAUGAAUGCUCACGUCGAAGAGCUCGAGCGCGAAUUGCGCGAGGUGAGUUCAGAGCUCGCCGCCUCUAUCAAGCGGGAGAUGGACUUGGAAGACGAAGUCGAGCGCUGGAAAGCAGAAAGCGCCUCGGCUACAUCACCAGAUAACAGGAGAACGAGCGACUAUUACUCGGACUCGGGCAUCAGCUCGAUUCGAUUUCCCAUCAGUGACCCCGAGGCCAAGCUGGAAGAGGUCGACACACAACGCCGAAAAGCCGAGCAGGAACGCGCAUCACUGAAGGUGCGCAUGGCUGAACGACUUCAAGAAGAGCUGCGGCGUCGACGAGAUCUCGAAGAGCAAGUACAGCAACUAGAGGAUCAGGUCAGCGAUCAGUCCAGAGCAGUAUCUGUGGUUGAGGAUCCCCGAUUGAAGGAGCUGUCAAUGUCGUUAGAAGACGCUAAGAGACGUUUGGCUGAAGAAAGACAGGUCAAAGAGAACUUCGAAGAUCUAUUGACAGCCUUACGCGAGGAACUGGAGAAGCAUCGCAACGAAGCCGACGCUCUCCGGGACCAAGUGGUGCCUCAGUUACGAUCACGACUGGAGGUACUGGAAGUAGAGGCUGCUGAUACCGAAAGACUUGUGUUCGAGACAAACCGCAUGCAACAAGAGAUACAGCAGCUCCGAAGCGAGAACCAGGCCCUGGCUGCCGCCCGCAAACUGCAGCAGGAAACGAAUCAGCCACCACAGCCCAAUCCCGGUUUCCAACCCAUCGCAGAGGAGGAGUCUGAUGGUCCGCCGUCAAAAAUACGCGUUGGCUUAACACGUUCGAACUCGCUUGCUCGUAGUACUGGCUUCAACUCAAAGCGGGGUUCAUUGUUGAGAUCUAACUCCGUCAAGACCAGGUCAGGCGAUAUUUCUCCCGCGGAUACACCAACUGUCAGCAAUCCAGUAAAGGAACUCGAAGAGCAGCGUGAUGCGCUGCACAAGGCUUUGAAGCACCUUCUGCACCGCCAGGAGAUGCAGCAGAGAGAAUUCCAGAAACGCAUCAAGGAGCUUGAAGCUGAAAGAGAUGCUGCACUCAACCUCACACCCCGUCGGACCGCAUUCCAUAGAGAGGUCGGUGAUCUUAGGCAAGAGGUGGAUGCGCUUCGACGCCGCGCCGACGAUGCUUUAGAGCAAAAGUGGCAGUGCGAGAAGGGUUUGGGUGGAUUGCGGAUGGAUCUUGACCGCGCACAACAGGAGACAAGCUCUCUCCGCGAUCUGCUCCGCGAGCAUGACAUCACCGUUCCUGAGAUCCGUCUGGAGAACGAGCCCAUCUCCCUCGACAAGGCGUACAAUGAGCUACAAACAACUCAGGCUCUCUCUCUCGCACGUAUAACACAGCUUGAGUCCGGCAACGGCGAAUCCUUAGGUGCCGCCGGUGCUGAAGCAGAAAGAACACUCGACCUCCUAAAGCGUAGCAUUUCAGACGCUGAGGCGGAGCGUGACUUCGCUAUGAGCGAGGCUGAGCAGUACCGCCAACAGGCGCGGCAAUUGCAGAAGUCUGAGCUCGAACAUCUUGGCAAGGAACAGAAGCUCAGCACCGAGCUGUUUGCUGCCGCAGGCCGCAUGGAUGAGCUAUCGAACAGGAUCCAGCAACAACUUGUGGCCAACAGCUCCUUGCGAGCUCGCCUCACUGAUGCCAUUUCUCGCGGAGAGCAGGAACAACAGAGGUCGACUGAUCAGAUCAUCGAGCUAGAGCGACGUCUGAAGACGGCUGAGGACAAAGUCAUGAUGGCUCAGCAGUCGUCUGAAGAGGCCAUUUCCAAGCAUGAGACCGAGGUCCAAGCCCUCAAGGAGAGUCAUGGCAGUCAGUUACGUCGUGUGAAGUCUGGCUUGUUGAGCCCAUCAGCCUUCUCACCCAAGAUGCCGUCAUCACCAGUAUUCUCCCAACGAUCACCUCGUCUUGACAUGACUACAAGCGGCCCUGCUAUGACCAUGGCCGAAGCAACCAAGACAGAGCUUCUCGAGACGCGUGUCGAAGAGCUUGAGAGAGCCCUCCGCGAUGCCGAUCGCGAAAUGGAGGAGGUCGUUGGCCGUAUGAACAUUGCUCAGAUCGAGGUUGCUGAGCUCCAAUUCGAGAAGGACGAGGCCCUUCGCCAGACAAGAAGACUGCAAGCCGACAUUCUCGCCGAACGUGAGAAGGUCAAGGCGCUCAUGGCUUCCAACAAAUAAUUCACUACCCAUACCACGCUUGCUGGACACGACGUUCCGAAUAUACAUAAUACUGGCCGAUCGCAUGCAUCCAUAUCUGCAUAUCGAUGAGCUCUCAUGUCAUUGCCAUCGGCGUUCUCACAGAAACUGCAUUUACCUUUGGCGCCACGACUCUACGCAUAUUACUCUUCACAGCCCACCCCCUUCUGUGUCUCUGGACAUGUAUCCGCGACCUUAAUUGUGGCUAGUGUCUUGCUGGCUAUCAUUCUAUACCCCACAGCGGUCACGACGCUAUUGUUUUUUUGGUUGACCGCCGCUUUGCGAACAUAGGUGCAGGUUUCUUCUCGAAUGUUAGGGCUUCAAGCUCCUUUGGAUACCUUGUCUACUCACGAGCAUUCAUCUGCGAAUGUUGUACUAUAGCGGUGUAAUGUAUCAAUGUUGACGCGUAUCUCGCGCGAGUUACUAGAACCAAAGCAAUGUCACAUCUGUCAAACG